AUGCAACUCGGUCUUUCAGAAGCUUUGCCAGCGUUGGUUACCAGGCGCUUUACUGCUGCCCGAGAUGCUGGUCAUCUUGUGUUCUCUCAAACCCACUUGUCCAUCAUCAAUGCUGCAGGAAUCUCAUACCAACUCCGCUACUGUCCGGCCCUCGCAAAGAAACCCACCAAUCUCAAACCAGACAAUGGGACUAAAUCGCCAAAGCCUGAUCCCUUCGAGAAUCCCUCCCCAGAUCUUCUGAUCGCCCAGUUCCCACCCGAGAAGCCCGUCUACAACCUCAUUCUCAACAAGUUCCCUGUCAUCCCGAAUCACUUCCUGCUUGUGACAAAGGACUGGCAGGCACAGACAGAUUUGCUCGAUAAGUCGGAUCUAGAAGCAACAUAUGAGUGCCUCAAAGCUUGGAAUACCAAUGAUGGAUCCAAGAGCCUCUUCGCGUUCUUCAACUCAGGCGACGACAGCGGUGCCAGUCAACCCCAUCGCCAUCUGCAAUUCCUUCCCGUGGAAGCUAUGCGCCAACCGGGCUCGGAUGCCUGGUACCCCCUGAUCGACCUCCUCCAACCCGCCUCUCCCUCCCCGUCACCCAAAUACCAACACCUGCCCGGCCUCCCCUUUGCCCAUUUCGCCCUCCCACUGCCGCCCAACCCCUCCGCGGACACCCUCCAUUCCAUCUACAUUACCCUAUAUAAAGCCGCAGCAGCCGCCACCCGCGGCCAUGCACCCGGGCAGGACACCGAGACGCUCCCCUCACAAGGACCUUCCUCGAUAAGCUACAAUCUCGCCAUGACCCGCUCAACCAUGCUGAUUUGCCCGCGGAGGCAAGAGACCGCCGUCAUCCCCAUAGACGCUGAAGCAGCAAAAGACAUUGCGGACCCCGGCGUUCUCUCGCUGAAUGGCACCAUCCUCGCCGCCACGUUGAUGGUCAAGGCCGAAGGCGAGUGGGACUCUUUGCGCGAGAAUCCAGACCACUUGGCGCAAGUCUUGGCUACUGUUGGCUAUCCCCGUACAGAUUCUCGAGGUCCCUCUCUAUGA